AAUUAACAUCAGGUAGGUAGUCAUUAAUUAUGUUAAAACAGGGCCAGCUCACCACAGAAAUGAGCCCAACAAAGCGGAUAAAAAGCUGUCAGACACCAAAUGCAGUUCAUGCUUUGUCAACACCAGCGAGCUUCUCCAAAGGGGGGAUUUCCUCUGGCAUUCCUCCUUUGAACUGGGAUGAAUCAAUGAUAGGAGACAGCCUAAUCAACAAGUCGGAUGAAAACAAAGAACCCCAAAAAGUCAGUGCCAGCGUUAGGAAGUCCAGGAGAAAACCAGUUCCUAUAAAAUCAAAGUACUUGCAAAGUGCUGCAAAGAGGAAGACUCCUGCGGUGGGUAAGACUCCCAGCACUAUUGGACAAACACCAGCUGCCAACAAUUUAUCAAAUCGGCAAAAGAUAGAAGAGAAUCCCAGCACUCCACAUCGUGUCACUCACACACUCUCUUCAUUUGUUAGAAGACAGCUGAAUCGAGAAGACACGUUCACAUUCGAAAAGAAGGAACCGACCCCAAAACCGACCUCUAAGACCACUCGACCCGUCACCCCAAAAACAGCCUCGAGACCCACUAUUAAACAGUCUAUCGGCGGUAGUGAGAGGAAGGCUCUGAGGAUGGUUUCUAAGGAGAUAUCAGCUACUCCCAAGUUUGCAAGGAAAACUGUUCAGAGCUCUAACGAUUUGUUUAGCUACUCAAGUGAGGAGAACAAAUCAAUUGGAAGUAGAGUUGAAACGGAAGUGCAACCCAAUGCAUCGACCGACAACAAGACAAAAGAAGUAUCCGAGACGGAUCUACAUAUUUUAGAGCACCAGAAACUUCAAAUGCUCUAUAUCUUGAGUAAAUUGGACACUACACAAGAAGCCCUCUCAAACGAAGCCAGCCGCCAAAUGUACCAGAUGUGGAAAGUUCAGGAGAACAUGCGGUCUGAGUACCAUACUCUGGAGGUAGAGUGUUUGGUGAAGGAGUAUAUCUGUGAGGUGAACGAUAUCUGUGAAAAUCUUUUACCAGUUUGUUCAGAGUUGAUGGAGUCACUGCCCAAGUUUGAUAAACAGUUUGUCACCUUGUGCAGCAUGUUAGAUAGUACCCGACAUCACAUGACUACCGUCAACAUUGCCAGGUUAAACGACCAGCAAGUUCAGGAACUUCAAUCUUCGUUAAAGCAAGUUCUAGAACUACUGAAGUCUAUUUGCUGCGAAGUUUCAGACGAGAAAGAGAACAUUCUGGAAAACGCACAAGAGCUCGCCCUUCUGAAGACUUGUUUCGAGGAGUCGUGCCAACAAUACGAGAAGGCCUCUCGACUUGCUCGCCAGAUUAAAGUUACUACCGAUGAGAACUUGUUCUUAACUUCUACCUUCAGUAAGCUUGACCUCAAGGCUGAUUUAGGGGAGGAUCCCUGAACAGUGAAAUCAGUAUACACUAUAUACACUAGUGUACACUAUACGGCAGAUAUAAUAUGACAAGUUGGGGGGGGGGGGGGGGCAAAGUUUAUAUUUUGUAAUGAUAGAAUCUGUACAAUCAGUAGUGACUAGUGAAUGAUGAGGUAUGCAGACUUUGAACAAUGAACAUGUUUAGGACGUCGUUGUUCUUAUGUUAUUUCUGACUACGAAUGUCUGUCCUGUUUAUAGAAUUUACUGCGAAAUGUUUUCUAUUACAGUUGUUGACUUGGGGUCAAGGGUUAUUUUUUGGUUUGAUAUUUUGUAAAACCAUUGGUUUUUUUGUUGAUUGUAUUUAUGACUUAACAUAAUAUUUAUGCGUUCAUUGUUGUAAAUGUUAGAAAUAGAACGUUUUAAAAUUUUAACCUGUAAAUAUUUAUCUUAAUCAAAAUUAUUAUGUAUCAUUACUCAUUAGUACAGUAUACAUACUUCUGUUGACAA